AUGGGGUCCACUUCUGAGAAGCCCGAGUGGGACGCUGUGCGCGUGCGGGAUACCUUUCUGGAUUACUUCAAGAAGAACGGCCACACAUUCGUCCCUUCCUCAUCAGUCGUUCCUCACAAUGAUCCUACUCUACUUUUCGCAAAUGCUGGCAUGAACCAGUAUAAGUCCAUAUUCCUUGGCACUGUAGAUCCUCAGUCAGAUUUCGCUCAGUUGAAGCGCGCCGUUAACACCCAGAAGUGCAUUCGUGCAGGCGGCAAACACAAUGAUCUCGACGAUGUGGGGAAAGACAGCUAUCACCACACAUUCUUCGAGAUGCUGGGAAACUGGAGCUUUGGCGACUAUUUUAAGAAAGAGGCCAUAAACUUCUCCUGGGAACUCCUCACCAAAGUCUACGGCCUAGAACCUGAUAGGCUCUAUGUCACAUACUUUGAGGGUCACGCACCUGGCGGCCUUGAGCCAGAUACCGAAGCAAAGGAGCUAUGGAGAUCCGUUGGCGUCGCUGAAGACCAUAUCCUCCCCGGCAACAUGAAGGACAACUUCUGGGAAAUGGGUGACCAAGGCCCCUGCGGACCGUGCAGUGAGGUCCACUACGACCGAAUAGGCGGACGGAACGCUGCACACCUCGUCAACCAAGAUGACCCGAACGUGCUCGAGAUAUGGAACAACGUCUUCAUACAGUACAACCGGGAGCCCGACAAAUCCCUGAAGUCGCUACCCAACAAGCACGUCGAUACAGGCAUGGGCUUCGAGAGGCUGGUUUCAGUGCUACAGAAUAAGAUGUCGAACUAUGACACCGACGUUUUCACGCCUCUUUUCAAGACUAUACAGGACAUUACCGGCGCAAGAGAAUACCGAGGGAAAUUUGGCGCCGAAGAUCCAGACGGUAUUGAUACCGCCUACCGCGUUGUCGCAGAUCAUGUGCGGUUGCUCACAUUCGCCAUCUCUGACGGAGGCGUGCCGGACAACGUAGGACGCGGAUACGUGGUUCGUAGAGUGCUCCGAAGAGGCGCUCGGUAUGCGCGCAAAUACUUCAGCACAGACAUUGGCAACUUCUUCUCCAGAAUCGUGCCAGCGCUAGUGCAGCAGAUGGGCGACAUGUUCCCAGAGAUCAGGAAGAAGGAGCAGGAUGUCAAAGAGAUCCUGGAUGAGGAAGAGCUUUCCUUUGCUAAGACUUUGGAUCGUGGCGAGGCUCAGUUCGAGAAGUACGCCCAGAGGUGCAAGGUGCAUGACUCGACUGCUUUAUCUGGCGAGGACGUAUGGAGAUUGUACGACACGUACGGGUUUCCAGUCGACCUUACCAAGAUCAUGGCCGAGGAAAGGGGACUCACGAUCAACGACGAAGAGGUUGCGGAAGCGCAAGCAAAGGCCAGAGAAGCUAGCAAAGGCGAGAAGAAGGCUGCUGCUGACCUGGUCAAGCUGGAUGUGCACGAUCUGAAUGCGUUGGAGAAGAUGAACGACGUGCCGAAGACCGACGAUUCAGCCAAGUUUGGCAGGAGCAACAUCACAGCUCAAAUCAAGGCGAUCUACCACAACCGAAAGUUCUUGUCUAACACAAAGGACUUCCCUGAUGGCGAGCAGUUUGGCCUCAUCCUCGACCGCACGAACUUCUACGCCGAGCAAGGUGGACAGGAGAACGACAACGGCAAAAUCCUUAUCGAUGGUGUUGCGGAGGUUGACGUGCAGAAUGUGCAGCAGUAUGCUGGCUACGUCCUACAUACUGGCUUCAUGAGCUAUGGUGCGUUUUCCGUUGGAGAUGAGGUGAUCUGCGAAUAUGACGAGCUGCGGCGGCACCCUAUCCGCAACAACCACACCGGUACACACGUCCUCAACUACGCCCUCCGAGAAGUACUUGGUGACGAGGUCGAUCAGAAAGGCUCGCUCGUUGCGCCGGAGAAACUCCGCUUCGACUUCUCUCACAAGUCAGGCAUAUCAGACGCGGAUCUCAAGACGAUCGAAGACAUCUCAUCAGACUACAUCCGCAAGAACGCUACCGUGUACGCCAAGGAUGUACCCCUGGCCACCGCGCGCAACAUCAAAGGCGUGCGCGCCGUCUUCGGCGAGACAUACCCGGAUCCCGUUCGUGUCGUUUCUGUCGGCGUGCCCGUCGACGAGCUCCUCACGGACGUCCAGAACGAUGCCUGGCGCAAGGUCAGCAUCGAGUUCUGCGGCGGCACGCACGUCGACAAGACGGGCGAGAUCAAGGAGCUCAUCAUCACCGAGGAGAGCGGCAUCGCAAAGGGCAUCCGGCGUAUCAUUGCCGUCACGGGCCAAGCGGCAUACGAGGUCCAGCGCGUCGCUGCCGAGUUCUCGGACCAGCUGGCCAAGCUGGAGAAGAUGCCGUUUAGCGCCGAGAAAGAGCAGCAGGCGAAGGAGACGCAGAUGCAGCUGAACAAGCUGUCCAUCUCCGCGGUCACGAAGUCACAGUUCAGGACAAGGAACGAGAAGAUCCAGAAGAGCAUCCUGGCUGAGCAGAAGGGCGCUGCGAAGGCGGAGCAGAAGCGUGUCCUUGACGCUAUCAACGACUACUUCAGCAAGAACCCGGACAAGCGGUACUACAUCGACACUUUGCCCUAUUCCAGCAACGUGGGUAAGUCCAUCAGCGAGGCGAUCAAGACUGUGUCUACGAAGGGCAAGGAAAAGACGGUCUACCUCUUCGCUGCGGACGAGAAGGAAGGUAAGGUCGUGCACGGAUGCCAUGUCGGAGAAUACUUGGGCGCUCAAGGAGCGACUGCUAGUGACUGGGCAAACCAGGUCGCCAGCGCUGUGGGCGGGAAGGCCGGUGGCAAGGGCGCGACAAGCGUGGGCCAAGGCACGAAUGCUGACAAGGUCGAUGAGGGUGUUGAGCUUGCGAGGAAGUAUUUGGAGAAGUUCAAGAUCUGA